AUGGGAGUGUUUAUAUCGGCCAGGAUCACAUCCAUGAGUUGCUGCGUUUUGGGACCUGCAAGACGUGAUCAUUUAUCAAAUGGCUUUCACCAGAAUCAGAGAGCAUUUGUAAAACCUCAGCUGCAGUAUAUGAAGUGCUUCCGCUAAGGAACGACAUUUCCUUCACUUUCCCUCUGCAUGCAAGCUGUAACUAAGUGGGUGUCAUGGCUACUGGAGGCACUCCUUCUGAUGACGGUGCAGAGGAGCUGCACAACUGGACUGUAACCAAUGGAAGUCUGGAGGAUAGACUCAACAAUCUGGACUGGGGUGUUCAGCAGAAGAAAGCCAAACGAUCUUCAGAAAAGAACAAGAAGAAGCUGGCGGCUGCAGUGGUGGAGAUCCGCCUGACUAAUGAUAUUUCGCCAGAGUCCACCCCUGGGGCCGGUCGCAGGAGAGCACGCACUCCUCACUCCUUCCCCCACAUCAAAUACACCACCCAGAUGUCCGUCCCCGACCAGACCGAGCUGGACAAGCUGCGUCAGAGAAUCAAUUUCAAAGACUUGGAUGAGAGGAGCAUUGGCAGUGACUCCCAGGGGCGCGCCACAGCUGCCAACAACCAGCGGCAGUUAGCUGGAGAGAACAAGAAGUCCUUCAACUUCCUACCUCUGCAUGUAAACACUAACAAAAGCAAGGAGCUGCUGCCUCCUUCCUCCUCUGCCCCAGCCACACCAGCUAUCAGCAAGGAAACUAAGAAGCAGAGCCCAGGACGCAGGGAUAUGUUCACCCCUGUGGUUCCUACCAAGGAGACUCCGAGGCCCAGCCGUGGUGGCACUGAGAGAGGACCCCUACCGCACAGAGCCUAUGACAGAGGAGAACCCAGAAUAGACAGCAGCCAGGUGGUGAGCAAACUGGUACAGAUCCGGGAGUACAUCAGUAAGGCCAGCUCCAUGCGGGAUGACCUGGUGGAGAAGAACGAUGUGCCGGCCAACGUGGAGCGUCUCUCACAUCUCAUCGACCACCUCAAGGAGCAGGAAAGGUCCUAUCUACGGUUCCUGCAGAAAAUGCUGACGCGGGAGGAUGACGAGGACGAUGUGGGGACCCUGGACUCUGCAGUGGGCUCUGGUUCACUGGCUGAGAGCACUUCUCUUAACAUUGAGGUUCGUUCCUCAGAUGCCUCAAAUGCAACGGGCGGUAGGCCAGAAACAGUGCGAGCUGACCAGAAGGAGGAGCUGGAGAAUCUGCGUAAGCAGCACGAGCUGCUGAAGAAGAUGCUGGAGCAGCAGGAGCAGCUCCGGGCCCUGCAGGGUAGACAGGAAGCACUAAUGGCCAUGCAGGACAGUGCAGAACACGCACUUGCUGUGAUUGAAGACACUGUUGUCACAGAAACCACAGGCAGUGUUUCAGGCCUGAGCAUCACAUCAGAACUCAAUGAUGAGUUGAACGAUUUGAUCCAGCGGUUCCACAACCAGCUACAUGAUUCUCAGACUAAAGCAGUGCCAGACAACCGUCGCCAGGCUGAGAGCCUUUCCCUCUCAAGAGAAGUGUGCUGGUCUAGGGCUCCCCAUGCUGUUGGUCCACCUCAGCACAGGCCUCUCCUCCACUCUGCAUCUGGUCCCCACACUGGUCUAGACACUGGGGCAACAGCCGCCACCAGUGCCAAACUCACUAAGCUCCAAGAGCUCCAAGACAAAAAGCAAACCAUGGACAAGAUCCUGCAGGAGCUGCAUUCCCUCAGAGACCAGACACUUAACAACAACUCAUGUCGUGGCUUGUCAACCCAGUGCAGUCUGAGUGUGGGAGGAUCUUCAGAAUGUCCAUCUGCUCUCUGCUUCAAUGGGGCCUCAGCUUCCACUCCCUUUCAUCCUUCCCGGACGCAACACCAGAACAGCUCCAAUUCCACAGACAAGCUCAGGAAGCUGAAGGAGGUCCACAAGCGUUUGAAUGAGCUGCGGGAACUGGUUCAGUACUACGAGCAGACCUCUGAUAUGAUGGUGGAUGCAGUCAAUGAGAAUGUGAAGGAAGAGGAUGAUGAGGAAGAGGAAGAGGAGGAGGAAGAUGAGACGGAGGAUGGUUCUAUGUUUGAGGCUAUGUUUGACUCUGAGCAGGAGAACCGGCAGCCUGUUACAAACAUCAGAAACCCACAGCGCAGUGGGAACUGGACAGACUUGAACAGCCUGAUCAACCCGCGCAGUGUCAGGAGCAGUGCCACCAACAACCGUGAUGGAAGACUCAACACGGAGUGUGAGAUCAACAACCGGUCUGCAGCCAACCUCCGCAGCCUCAACAUCCCCUCGGCCAUAGAGUGCCAGUACAAUAGGGACACCCCCUAUAAUCAGGUGAAGGAUGAGGAUGAGGAUGAAGACGACCUAGAUAAUGAUGAAGGGGCACAGGCUGUGGCUGCAGACAGUGAAGCGUCGGGAUCUAGUCAAAGAAGCAGUCUGGGAAACAAUGGCGGUUUUGCCCAGAAGGUUCAUCGGCACACAGCGAAGCAGAAACUCCGGCAGCUUCAGGAGCUGGUGGCCAUGGUUCAGAGUGACGACACUGAUGGCACAACAGCUAAUGAGGAUGAAGCUUUACACCAACAGCCAAAUAAUACCAGAGCUACUGUGGUUGGUGCGUUCAAGGACGGAUCUAAACCGAGUCCUCGAAUACUCACACUCUCCAGCAAGGCCAGGAAGAAGCUGUAUGAGGAGAAGCUGCGUCAGCAGAAGCAGGAGCUUAAGCAGCUCCAUGAGGAGCGCCAGAGGCUCACUGAAAUCCAAGGCAAGAUUCAGGAUCUGCAGUGGGCUUGCCCUGACCUUCAGUCCUCUGUGUCCAGCACAGUGAGUCAGCACGGCUUGCUGAGGAAGGUUCCAGUUUCAGUUUCCUCUCCGGCCACUGUCCCGGCUUCCUCCUCCUCUGGACCCCAAACUAACUCGGCCGUGUUAAAACCCACUGCUCCAGAAGCAGCUUCUCCUUCAGUCACUGACAAUGAGCAGCUGUGGUCUGAGAUGCGUCGGCACCAGAUCUUGCGGGAAGAACUGCGACAGCGCAGAAAGCACCUAGAGUCCCUGAUGGCUGAACACCAGAGGCGUAGUGGUCUCAGUGACUCUCCUAGGCGGAUGGACGACUCGGAAGGCCUUGCUACAGCCUCACAGCCUGUCAGUAGGGAUGAAAGGACAAUGGCUACCUGGGGUUCCACUCCCUGCCAACUUGAUGAUGAUGAUGAUGAAGAUAACGAUGAUGAUGAAGAUCACUCCGAGAUGGGUGCAGAGGGGGAAGAGGAGCAUGAUGAACGUGUAGAAAGCAGCUCUGAUGACGACAUCCACAUAUACUCAUCCAGUAGGAACCAGUGCUCCUACAGUAACAGGAAGAAUCAAGGAAGCAACCUGAAGCCUCCACCAGCCUUCUCGGGUGAAGGUAGUGGGAAUCCAUCUCUUCAUAAUAAGACUCAGGCCAAACAGCACCAGCAGCAGCAGCAGUCCAGAACUUUGAACCAGUCCGCAACGAGCCAGCAUGGAGCUACACGGCGACAAGAGAACCUGCGCUGGGCCUCUGAGCUCUCCUUCGCCGAGGGCUCGGGUCAGUGGCAAGAACAGGUCAGCCAGCUGCAGAGACAGCUGGACUUCAGCACCAGCAUGUGUCAGACACUCCUGCAGGACCAGCAGACACUCUCUUAUAUGUUGCAAACCCUGCUGACAGGUCAGUACAGUUUGUUACCCAACAACCUGUCAUCACCACAGGUCCACCUGGUCAUGCACCAGCUCAACCAGUGUUACACCCAGCUGGCUUGGCAGCAAAACAACGUACAAAGACUAAAGCAGGUCCUUAAUGACCUCCUUCGCCAGCAACAGCAGCAACAGCAGGCUUCCUCUUCCACAGCCGGUUGGCAGACACAGAAGCAUGGCUCAUCCCAGGAGUCCAGCUCCGGCACCUCAGCCUCCCCUGGUGUCUUCCUCCCCUUCUCCUCCACCCUGCAUCCUUCAACCAACAACAUGUCAACGGCUGCCUUAGCCCCGUUCCCUCCUAGCUUUAAUUUAUAUCCACUCUUCCCGGCUACUAUGGGCGAGUUCCCUCUGGGUGCAGCAAGUCAGGCGACCCCUGACCACCCAAAGCAGCCGUUAGACCCCAACACCUCAAUUAAAACAGACUACAUGAGUUUCCCUCCUCCACUGCAGCGCUCUCCUCUUAACACCACCACAGAUAGAGGACCGUCUGGCUGGCUUAAAACCUCCUACGCAAACAACACCGUCCAGCAUCACCGAUCCAAAGCCGAACCCCAAGAGUCUCCCUCCUCCUAUGCCGGCCGCCACCCCAGACCUCAAGAAUUCGACAGGGCAUCACAGGAAAGCUUCAGCAGCAUGCCGGAUCCUGUUGAUCCCACCACCAUCACGAAGACUUUUAAGGCCGGGCGCAAGGCCUCUGCACAAGCCAACCUGGCCUCACGAAGCAAGAUGCCCAGUUCCAAGAGUCGUCGCAGGAGGAGUAGAGGACACAACAAGAACAGUGAUGGCCAUGAGAGUGACAGUGUUGGCAGCACUGCAGACUUUGUCCAGAAGAGGGCAGCCCUGUCCCAUCAGAAGGAUGAGAAUAAGAGUCUGCUGGACAAGCUAACUCGAGAGAAACUUCACAGCAAAACUAAGCCUGGAAACAAACCAAACGACUUCUCUUCUGCCUAUGCUUGGAGAACACCCUUCCUCUCUAACAGAAUUGCAUGCACAGAAGCACCAGAUGCAAGCAGCGACUUCUCACUGUUCGAGGCACUGAGGGAGACCAUCUACUCUGAGGUGGCUACUUUAAUAUCCCAGAACGAGUCCCGCCCCCACUUUCUCAUUGAGCUCUUCCAUGAGCUGCAAUUGCUCAACACGGACUACUUGCGGCAAAGGGCACUGUAUUCCCUACAGGAUAUAGUGACCAGACACCUGUCAGAGAAGAGUGCAGCCGAGGACCAGUUGCCCCUUCUUGGUCCUGUGGUGUGGGCUGCAGGCUCUCAGUCUGAGCUCACACCCAGUGAGAGUUUGGCAACCAGUGAUGCAGAAGUUGUGGAGAAAAACCUGAGGCUCACACAGGAUAUGAUGAAGAAGAGGGAUGAUGCCGAAUCUGUGGGCAAUGACAGCACCAUGUCAACCUCCUCCAACCUGGAACCGUUUGCUAGCGAUGACCUGGGAGGUGCAGCUGAUGUGCACUGUCAUCAGAACGACAACCAGCAGUUAGACCGUCGGAUCAAAGCCAUCAUUACAGAAGUCAUUCCUUUCCUGAAGGAGAACAUAGAUGAGGUGUGCUCCAUCCAGCUGUUGACAUCUGUGCGGCGCAUGGUCCUUACUCACACCCAACUGAAUGAUGAAGACAAGGAGUUUGUACGCUUUCUACACAGACAGCUGGGAGGCAUUCUGCAGGACUCUCUGAGUCAAUUUGUGGGCCGUACUCUGAAGGACUGUGGGGAGGAUCUUCUGGUGGAGAUCUCAGACAUCCUCUUAAAUGAACUCGCCUUGUAUCGGUUCAUGCAGUAUUUUGACGACAGCCGCAGCAUUGCCCUGGCAGCCAAACACAAAUAUAAGAAGAGGACUGAGCAACCCAGUAGAGCAAAGCACGGCCUCAGGGAAAAUUCAGACGCUGGUGUUGAUAAAUCAACUUCUCCAGCCUACACAGAUGAAGACAAGGACCAAGAUGAGGCUGAGCAGGAAGGUACCACCCUGCAGGAGCUUUACCUGCAAACAGAGAGGAAGAACAGCAGGAGGAGCAGUGAAGCUUCAGAGGUGGAAGAGGAGGAUGAGGAUGAAGAGGGUGGACAGGGAAUCCCUCUGUCAAUCAGUCUGUCUAAAGCAGAGACGCAGGCCCUGACAAACUACGGCAGUGGAGAGGAUGAGAAUGAUGAGGAGGAAAUGGAGGAGUUUGAAGCUGGACCUGUUGAUGUCCAAACAUCCUUGCAGGCUUCUGCUGAUGGACAGGUGGAGCAGGAGGGGACGACACACAGCGAAACCCAGGAGACCAAACAGAGGAGCUCAGGUUAUGAUGAUGAUGAUGCUGGAAUCAACAAGUCGGUUGUCGCUGUGGACUCCGCAGUAGAGGACCCUGACAUGGCGGAGUGCCAGAGUCCUGAAGAGGACAGAGACGUUGGGGCCGCUGCUGCCUCAGAAGGAAGCUCCCAUGAAGUGUCUCAUGAUCAGGAUGUCCUCAAGGAGCCAAACACCACGAGCAGCCCUGACACAGACUCUCCCGUCAUGAUCAAUGUAGAUGAGAUGGGUUCAGGUAACACCAGUCAGAAAUCUGAUGAAGAAGACUUUGUGAAGGUGGAAGAUUUGCCAUUGCAGCUGACAGUCAUGUGUGAGGAGGAACUCCAGAUGAGAAUAGUGGAGGAGCAGCAGAAUAACAGGCUGUCUGUAGCGAUCCUCAAUGGGAACACUGAAUCGCUGACUGGGCUGGUGGGAAAUGCACAGGCACUGAAGGAACCAGACACUGUUGGUGCCCAGAGUGUGUAAAGAUUUAUACCAAUGUCUCAAAAUCUACUGUUUUUAGCAACACUAUGAUUACACCCUCAAUCUGCUCUGGAUGUAUGAUUGUUGAUUCUUUAUCUGCUAGUUUAAAGGAGCAAAGGCUCAUUUUAUUCCUGAAUGUUUAAUGUGAUUAAUGUGUAAUCUGGGGAGGGCUUGUCUUUAUGCUGCUGAUUAAUGACAGUCAAGCCGCUGUCUGAGUCUUUAUAGUCCUGAAACUCUCGGUCAGAUUCACCUUAGUCUCCUUCUUGGUUCUGGGAUCAGUUUAACAUGAGUUGUGAUUUUAUUAUUCUUGUUUUAUUUGUCUUGGCCUUAUUGUUACACAGCUCGUCUACACUGCACUCCAUUCCUAGUUCUAUGGAGGUUCCAGUAGGAUGGAAGUUCAGUGUAGACUGACUGACUUAGCUAAUGGUUUCUCCAGCUUGAACACUUUUUCCAUUAUAUCAGAGCUCCAAGCUCAGAUUUCACUUUUAUCCCUUCAGACACAUCUUUAUAUACUGUUCUGUUAAUGUUUAGUCUCCAUUGAUUUUCAUGUAAUUAAAAUGUUGACGACAGUAAUAAGUUUUAAAUAAUAAAAUGCUUGAACUUUAAAAACA